AUGAUUAGCUGUGAACCAAUCGAAUCUUAUAAAAUUCCAUUAAAAGCUUGUCAAAAUUCAGUUAUUGAUCAUAAUCUUGUUACAAUACGAUUAAGUGUUGAAUGGCCAGAAAAAUGUGGUGAUAAUCCUAAUCUUGUGAUGUAUAUUACAAAUAAAAUACCACCAACAACAUGUAUGCAACAAAAUCAACUAUUAUCACCUAAAUGUAGUAAUCCCGUUAAUCAUUAUCAUUAUUAUCAUCAUCAACGACAAGAUAAUUUUGAUCCAAUAUAUCAACAACCACAACCACCAUUACACCCGCAACCGCAACAACAACAACAACAACAACAACAACAACAACAACAACAACAACAACAACAAUACCAUUAUUCUCAACAUCAUUCACCACCGAUAAAUUAUCUUAAUUUAUCAAAUGCAACAAUAGUACCUACUAGUGAUCAGAAUGAUGUUUCAUCCACUACAACAACAGAAGCAUAUAAUAGUAUACAAUCACAAACAUUACCAUCUUCUACAACAAUUCAAUCAAUUGGAAACCAAUCACAAUCUCAACUAAUACCUAAUUGUCGCUAUCAAAAUACGACAAAUCAACGAUAUUCAUUGCAUCAACAUGCUAUGCAUGCAGCACCAUCUAAUAUGAAUGAUUCUCAAUUAAAUAUGCAAAUGACAAACCUAAACCCAAUAUCAUCAAUGAAACAGUCGUCUUCAUUGACAACCCACGCUGAUUUACAGCAAACAUCAACUAUGUCUUGCCCAUCAUCAAUGUUAACAAAUUCAAAUACAAAACGUAUUAUUUGUGUUUGUUCAAAUCCACCCAACGGUCAUAAUCAUAAUUGUCCUGUUGUUAAUUUUAAUAAACAAUCAUCAAAUACAAUUUUGACAAAUGAAACUAUAUAUCGGCCAUUAAAUGAUCAAAUGAUUGCUCAUCGAACUACAUUUUCUUCACAAAUACAUUCGAAUGAGACCAUUUCAACACUUUCUACGAUAGAACCAAUACAAGCACCAUCGUUACCAUUUCCAAAUUCGGAUCAUAUGAAAACAACUGGUCCAUCAUCAAAUGUAGCAAAAAUAAUUUCUAAAAAGUCAUCAUUACCACCAAUACAAAUGCCUUCAUUGAAUACUGAUAAUAAUUUUCAACAACAAACAUCAAAUUUUUCUCAAAUUAUGAUGAAUAAUUCAUCAAAUUAUCAAACACCUUCAUCAAUAUCAAUGCCAUUUGAAGGACAACAAAAUAUUAAUCCUAAUAAUUCACUUCAACAAAAACAACAUCCGAUAAAUAAAAAUAGUUUAAUAAAUCAAGAUCAAUUAUCACAUCAGAAUCAAAAUGAUUUACAUCAACAAAGUCAAAGUGCUAAUAAUUUAAAUACCUCAUCAACACAGCCAAAUAAUAAUCAUAGAAUUUUAUCAUGUCCUUCUGAAAAACAACAAGAUAUAUUUAUUUUUCCAGAUAAUCCACAAACUAUCACAACUGUAUCAGCAGAUAAUACUUUACAUGACUCAACGAAUGAUAUCAAUAGAAAUAUUGAAGAAGAAAACGAACAAGAUGUAUAUUCAACACAAUCAAAUAUAAGAUCACCGGUGAAACUUGAUAUUUCUACGUCACAAAAUUUAAUGAAAACAAGAAUCGGUUCACCAGAAAUCGAUCAAACUAUAUCGGAUGUUAUUAAUGGCAAAGGAAAAAUUUCCCUUAAUAAUAAAUCAAUAUCACCUAGUGUAAAACAGCAGCAAAAAAAACAACCAUUAUCAGCUCAACUCGUUUGGGAAAGCACUGUACCAGUAACAACAAAAGCAACACAACCACAAUUGAAUCAAGAACAACAACAGCAACAACAAAAAUUAACUUAUGAAUCAAAUACUUUGACAUUAAAUCGUCCAAAUGUUCUUAAUAUUACACCAUCAAAAACCCAUUCACCUUCGACAGGACAAAGUAACAUAAAUAAAUUAUUACAACAAAAAACAGGAACAGAUAAUAGUAAAAAAAGAGACCGAUCAAAAUCGACGAGUUCUAUAAAAUCAAAACGUCCGAGUGCAUCUAAUAUUAAUAUGCCACAUCCGACAGCAGCGUCAUCGUCUUCUCAAGAUAUGCAGCGAACAACACCGACAACACCACCUAUUACUUCACAACCAAACUUAGUUAAUACACUAAUUUCAUGGUCGAAUGCAUCCACGACAUCAUCGUCACCAGGACGUGUAACAACAACAACAACAACAGCAACGACAUCUAUUGCAUCCAACGAAAAUUUAAAUCACAAUUUAACAAAUAAUUCAUGGCAAACAUUAAAUAUAGAGAAUAACGAUGCUUUAAAUGAUUAUUAUGGUUCUCAUGAUGAACAACGACAAAUGCCAUACACAAAAAAUCAUCAUGAUAUUGAGAUAGAUGAUGAAUUUUUAGCGCAAGCACAUGAACAUUUUAAUUCAUCAACACCACCACCUCCAUUACAAUCAGCAUCAACAGGAAUUAUUAGUGAAAUACUAACUCCAACAUCAAUAGAUAAAUCAUUAAGUAUAUCAGCAGCAUCGGUAAUCAAUGCCGAUGAUGUUUAUGAAAAUUUUUUUCAAUCAUAUACACCAUCUUGUUUAUCAAUAUCGCAAGAAAAUCAAGUAACAUCAUCAGUAUUAACACCACCUGAUUUUCAAAGUAAUCAUUUACAACAGCAACAGUAUUAUUCACAAGUUGAUGAAUAUUUUGAGUCGCAACUACAAUCACAAGUAAGAAUGUUACAAUCUUCAUGUUAA